CUUAAAAAGUAUGACUUCUGGAAAUGUUACUUCCCAAAACUUUAGAAAAGCUUUUGGAGCUUUAAAAGACUCUACAAAGGUUGGAAUGGCUAUAGUUAACAGCGAAAACAAGGAGCUGGAUGUUGCUAUUGUCAAAGCCACAAACCAUGAUGAAGUAUUGCCAAAGCAGAAACAUGUACGAACAAUCUUCAACUCGCUGUCAGCAUCAAGCCCUCGAGAAGAUGUUUCUUAUUGCAUACAUGCACUUGCCAGGCGUCUUUCCAAAACACAUACUUGGACAGUUGCAUUGAAAACUUUGGUAGUUAUACAUCGUGGAUUAAGGGAAGUUGAUGCAACGUUUCAGCAGGAGCUCAUUGAAUAUGGUUAUAGAAAAAAUCACCUGCUUAACCUAUCACACUUCAAGGAUGAUUCGAGCCCCAGUGCGUGGGAAAAUUCAUCUUGGGUUCGUUGUUAUGCUUUAUAUCUUGAAGAACUCCUCGAAUGCUUCCGAGUAUUGAAAUAUGACUUCCAGAAGGAUCGCUCGAGAAUCAAGGCUCUUGACACGUCAGAUUUGCUUGAGCAAUUACCUGUGUUGCAGCAACUCCUUUUUCGUCUCCUUGAUUGUCAGCCAGUGGGAGCAUCACAACCUAACUUCUUGAUUCAGUAUGCUCUUUCAAUUGUUGCAGCAGAAAGUGUUAGGCUAUAUGUGAUAAUUACAGACGGGACUCUGAAUUUGGUUGACAAGUUUUUUGAGAUGCAGCGUCAUGACGCUGUCAGAUCACUUGAGAUUUACAAGAAGGCAGGGAAACAGGCAAAAAGGCUAUCUGAGUUCUUUGAGCUCUGCAGGAGCCUUGAUUUUGGACGAGGACAAAACUACAUUGAAAUCAAACAGCCCGCAGAGUCGUUCAUGACAGUCAUGGAAGAAUAUGUGAAGGAUGCCCCACAGACUCUGAUGCUUCCAUGGAGGGUGGGUGAUAAUGACAAAGUUAGAACUCCCAAAGCAACUAUUGCAGUAGAUUCUAGCUUGGACAUAAAUCAUGAGCUAAGUGAUGGUGCAGAAAAUUGUUCAGACCCCUCUGUAGUUUCUGAUAAGGUCUCAAAAAAUGAAAAUACUGAAAGUUCUGCUACACCUCCAGUUGCUGAUUUAUUGAGCCUUGAUGAUUUAUUUCCAGAAGCAUCUCCAAUGGAGGACACAGAUUCUGCUCCUUCAGCAAUCAUAAGACCUGGAGAUCAGUUGAAUACCUCUCUCAAUCCGGAUUUGAUUAGUCAAUCUACUAGCUGGGAGCUUGAACUUGUGUCAGCUCCAAGCUCUAACCUGGCAGUUGUUACAGCAAGUACACUGGGUGGUGGACUAGACAGAUUGACCUUGGAUAGUUUAUAUGAUGUUGCAUUGGCAAAAGCAAAUCCGAGUGGAAUGAACCAAGGGUCAGGAAUCUCAUCAAAUCCCUUUGAAGAUGCUAGUUAUGAACUAGCUCAGUAUCCACAUCAUGUGGCUCAGAGUAUAGAACCUCCUGCUGAAGCUCAUACAUCAGAUAUGGCGCAAAAACAAGAAGUAUACAUGCAGCAGGAGCAGCAGGUUAUGGUAGUUCAUGAAUCAAGUCAUCCCUUUGGGAAUCCUUUUGUUGAUCAGGGCACCGCUUGUCCAUCUCAGAGCCAGUCACUCCAUGCUAGCUCAAUCUGAAUUGAUGAUGGGAUCAGCUUCUGUAUAAAGUCAGCAAUCUUAUGUGCAACUAACUCAGUCUUAUGAAGCCAAGAAAUAUGCAAUAUGUGCAGUUUUUGGUUCUAUAUUUUAGGCUU